ACUCUGCCGUAUGCGUUUUCGCUCAUAUAUAAAGUCAAGUCACACGUCGACACAUCCGUACAAUUACGUCAGACACGUCAGUGAAUAAUACGUGCUAGCCAUGAAACUCGCAGUGUUUUGCCUGGUGGUCGUAGUCACCACUGUCCUGUGUGCUCCACAAGAACAGUACACUAAUCGAUUUGACAACAUAAAUGUAGACGAGAUUCUACACAAUGACCGAUUGUUGAAGCGAUAUGUCGAUUGCUUGCUGGACAAGCCCAACGUGAGGUGUCCCCCUGAAGCUGUUGAACUGAAGAAAUAUAUACACGAGGCAUUGGAGACCGAAUGCGCGAAAUGUUCGGAUCACCAGAAGCAGCUUGUGCGAAAGGUGAUAAAAUUCUUGGUGACAAACAAGAGAGACAUGUGGAACGAGCUGAAGGCGAAAUAUGAUCCGGAUGGAGAAUUCACGAAGAAGUAUGAAAACAUGGCCAAAGAAGAGGGCGUGCAGAUCUAAUCGACGAGAAUCUAAUCGAUGAGGGGACGCUGGAGGGGAAAACUUAUUAUGGCGCAAUGUUAAUUGCCUCAUUAUCCUUCUAGUUAUAAUUCGACACGAAUAUAAAAUAUUCGAUUAUAGAAUGUAACAUAUCUACGCGCAUAUGCAAAUAAAAUAUUGUUCGUGAUAUAAA